UCGUUGAAUAGAUACAUUGAAAAAAUACAAUGAAGAGAUGCAAGUGUUCACUUUGUAAUGUUUCAUUUUCUAUUUAAACUCUUUGUUGUUGUGAUGUAAAACAAUAAGUUGAAAUUUGUAUUCUAUUAAUAAAAAAAUAAAGUUUUUGUUUCUUUAGUUUGCAGUGAACAGAGAAACAUUUGUCGGUGAUCACAAUAGAUUGUGACAGAGAAACAUUUGCUAGUGAUCAGACGCAGAAACAUUUGUUAUCUAUUUAAGAAACUCAUAUUUUUCUUUGUUCUUUUGUUUUAUUAUAGAAUCUUUAGUAUUACAGAAAGCCCAUGUUAAUUAUAAAUAUCUGGCCCACAUUAUUGGAUUCAUGAGAAUUGAGAAUACAAGUAAGGAGGGUGGUAAUUGUAAUAGUCAUUUCCUAGACGGCGCAGUUAGAAAGAGGAGCUCCCGAGAAAAAGAAAAAACACGGACAACAGGAGGAUAUAUGUCUUAAAAAGGAAAACACACAAAAAAAAAAGAUAAAAGGGCAUAAUAAUCAAUUAGUGUAACAACUAUUUCCUUUAUUUCAUCUAGUGAGAUUCUCUCACUUUCUCGGUCUCUCUAUAUAAAAGAACCAAGGAUAUCAAAGAGUAAGAUUCCACCUCUUCAUUACUAAUACCUUCGUAACUAUAAUCAUCACCCUCUCCAGCUUUACGAUCAACCUAGGGCUUUUCCGUUUAAUCAGAGAAACUAUGUCUGUAGUUGAGAACAUUCCUCACGAACCGAGAGCCAAAAGGCAGAGGAUCGAACCAAACGAGCCAGCGUCUUCUAAUACUAGAUGUCGCCACUGGUUUGUUCGUUACGGAAUCUGCACCACCUGCAGUUCAUCUGUUGACAAAGACCAAGGCCAAGCAUUCAAUUAUCUUUUAGAUGGUCUACAGCUAAGCAGCGAGGCUGUCGCUGUAACAAAGCACCUUACCACACUAGUCUCUUGUUCCAACGAGAAAAAACUACACUUAGUGCUUGACUUGGACCACACGCUUCUCCACACCACUCGUCUUCCAUGCCUCACCGAAGCAGAAAAGUAUCUAAUCCAAGAAGCGGGUUCAAAUACAAGGGACGAUGAUCUACACAAGUGGCAAGCCCAAGGAGAAAAUCCCAUGGUGUUCUUGACAAAGCUAAGACCUUUUGUUCGAGGUUUUUUGGAAGAAGCCAAUAAGUUGUUCACAAUGUAUGUUUACACAAAGGGCAAUCGCGAUUACGCUAAAUUCAUCAUGAAGCUUAUUGAUACGAAGAAAAUCUAUUUCGGUGAGAGAGUGAUAACAAGAGACGAGAGUCCUUAUAUGAAGACGCUUGAUUUGGUUUUGGCUCAUGAGCGAGGUUUGGUGAUUGUGGAUGAUACACGUGAUAUUUGGCCUGAUCACAAGAGUAACUUGGUUGAAAUUAGCAAAUACAACUAUUUUAGGAUGAACAAGAGCCAACAGUCACAGCCAUACUCUGAGUUGAAGACUGAUGAAAGUGAAAACAAUGGUGGAUUGGCCAAUGUAUUGAAGCUACUCAAAGAAGUUCAUUGUGAAUUCUUCAGAGUCCAAGAAGAAAAGGAGUUAGAGUCUAAAGACGUGAGGUUGCUCCUACAAAGAUAGAAAGAACUCAACCAUGCCGA